CACACACACCGGCCCGACCCACCACAUAGCAAUGCUAGGACUUGUUUAGGAUCAGCUCCGGGCAAGUCAUUAACUGGAUCAUGUACCCUUAUAUGGAUUAUUCCUGUUUAUCCCAACACUAUUAAACAAUUCUGACGAGCUCUAACAAAGUCUGGAUCGAAAUUCCUAGAUUGUUAUUGUGGUUUGGGACAUUCCAGCAGUAGCUAGCCGAGAGCUACUUCGGCGUUGACCACUGCGGCCAGCAAGCACUGCGAUGGCGCAGACUCUCGGAACUUGUCAUUUUCUGCACUGAAAGCAAGUGUGCGUGUCAGGAGGACGGAGAAAGAGUGCUCAGGAAAAAGGCGAAAGGGACGUUUUGACUGUUUAAAUGGUGCUGUGUAAUGAUGCAGGAGUGCUGAGGAUGGUUUUCGCAGUGCUCACGAUGGCUGCGACUGGAGGAGCGGUGACCUCCCAGCCCAAUAAUGGCUCCAAGGACUUUUGCUACACAGGCCGGAUCACCAGUACCGUACUCAAGGGUCUGCCCUUCGGAGGAGUGCCCACUGUACUCGCUCUCGACUUUAUGUGCUUCCUGGUGUUGCUAUGCGUGUUCUCAUUGUUGAGAAAGGUGGCGUGGGAUUACGGCCGUCUGGCAUUGGUUUCUGAUGCUGACAGUAGGCGGAGCGAGGUGUACCAGCGCCUGGAAGAGGAAUAUGUGGCUUCCACCACGCAGGCACCCGCCGACUCUCGCUACGAGCGCCUCACCUCUGUGUCCAGCUCGGUCGACUUUGACCAAAGAGACAACGGCUUCUGUUCCUGGCUGACCGCGAUCUUCAGGAUAAAAGAUGAUGAGAUCAGGGAGAAGUGCGGCGAAGACGCGGUCCACUACCUCUCGUUCCAGCGGCACAUCAUUGGUCUGUUGGUGGUGGUGGGCGUGCUCUCCGUGGGUAUCGUCCUGCCUGUCAACUUCUCAGGAGAUUUAUUAGGAAGUAAUGCCUACAGUUUUGGGAGAACAACAAUAGGCAACAUAAACCCUGGAAAUGAACUUUUAUGGCUACACACUGUAUUUGCCUUCUUGUAUCUGUUAAUGACUGUGUACAGCAUGAGGAGACACACAUCAAAGAUGCACUACAAAGAGGACGACCUGGUGAAGCGAACUUUGUUCAUCAACGGGAUUGUGAAGUAUGCAGACGAGAGCCAAAUCAAGCAACAUUUCGAGCAGGCGUAUGAAAACUGUGUUGUUCUGGAUGCGCGCAUGUGUUACGACGUUGCCAAGCUCAUGUCCCUGGAGUCUGAAAGGAAAAAAGCAGAACGCAGCAAGAAGUUCUACACGGACCUGAUGGACAAAGAGCAUGUGCCCACUAUGAUCAACCCCAAACCCUGCGGUCACCUCUGUUGCUGCAUCAUCAAGGGCUGUGAGCAGGAGGAGGCUGUUUCCUAUUACACUAAACUGGAGGGGAACCUGAGGGAGGAAUACAGAAAAGAGAGAGAGAAGGUCAACACUAAACCUCUGGGCAUGGCCUUCGUUACCUUCCAGAAUGAAGCCACGACCGCACUCAUCCUGAAAGACUUUAAUGCAUGUCAGUGUCACGGCUGUCACUGUCGCCGUGAGCCGAAGUCCUCUCCUUUCAGCUGUAUCCUCAACACUUAUAACUGGACCGUCACGUACGCUCCAGAUCCUCAGAACGUCUACUGGGAGCAUCUGUCCGUCGGUGGUCUGAACUGGUGGCUACGCUGCUUAGUCAUCAACUGUCUGCUCUUCAUCCUCCUCUUCUUCCUCACCACCCCCGCCAUCAUCAUCUCCACCAUGGACAAGUUUAACGUCACCAAACCUGUGGAGUACUUAAACAGUCCGAUUGUCACCCAGUUCUUCCCCACCCUGCUGUUGUGGUGCUUCUCGGCCCUCCUUCCCACCAUCGUCUACUACUCCGCCUUCUUCGAGGCUCACUGGACGCGAUCUGGAGAGAACAGGACCACCAUGCACAAAUGUUACACCUUCCUCAUCUUCAUGGUUCUUCUGUUGCCGUCUCUGGGGCUCAGCAGUUUGGAUCUUUUCUUUCGCUGGCUCUUUGACAAUAAAUUCCUGGACGAGGGAAAAAUACGAUUCGAGUGCGUCUUUCUGCCAGAUAACGGAGCUUUCUUUGUCAACUAUGUUAUCGCGUCUGCGUUUAUCGGUAACGCCAUGGACCUGUUACGGAUUCCUUACUUUCUCAUGUACAUGAUCCGACUGUGUCUGGCGCGCUCGGCUGCUGAGAGACGCAAUGUUAAAAAGCAUCAAGCGUACGAGUUUCAGUUUGGAGCGGCUUACGCCUGGAUGAUGAACGUCUUCACUGUUGUCAUGACCUACAGCAUCACCUGCCCCAUUAUUGUACCGUUUGGUCUGAUGUACAUGCUACUGAAGCACCUGGUGGACAGGUAUAACAUGUAUUAUGCCUACUUGCCCUCCAAACUGGAUAAGAAAAUCCACUCUGGAGCCGUCAACCAGGUGGUGGCCGCACCCAUCCUCUGCCUCUUCUGGUUGCUCUUCUUCUCUACUGUCCGCACAGAUUUUUCUGCUCCGACCUCGAUGUUUACCUUCGUGGUUCUGAUCAUCACCAUCAUCAUCUGCCUCUCGCACGUCGUCUUCGGUCAUUUCAAAUACCUCAGCGCGCACAAUUACAAGGUCGACAUGGAUGGUGUGGACAAUGGACGGGCACCAGCCUCGUCUCCACCCGUCAAGUCUGUGCAGACGUACGUGGCACAGGUGCUGCAGGACACAGAUGAGACGGGCAGCGAUGAGGGGCAGGGCUCCUCACAGGACGAAGAAGUCGUCAACGAGGGCUACUUCCAGUCAGGAGAGGACAGCCUUAUUGAGAACGAGGUGCGGCAUUGACCCGAGCCGCACCGUGUGUUGGACUGGGUGAAGCGAGCAGGUCUCCAACCCCACCGAACAGAGAUCCACCACACCUUGAACGUGUGUGUGAAUCCAUCACAGCUGAUACUCUCCGGCAUGGGCGGGGCUUGGAGACGGGAUGGCCAUUUCUCCAGAAUGUGGAGCGACUCUGAAAAUAUGACUCUCACUCACAAUCAGUCCCAUUCUUCAUAUCCGUAUGAGAAAUUGCUUAUCAAAAUAAGUUCGCUAGGUACCGUUGCUAGCUCUUGUCCUUAAAUAAGCUUCAAAAAACGAUUGCUGAAAGUUUGCCAUUUUAAAUUUCAAUAGGUCGAUGUUGUGAACUGAAAACUGUUAAAGUGCUUUUUUAGAUGGGCUUUAGUUUAGCGGGUGUACCAGACCUUCAGGAAAGGAAACCCAGGCGAGUGGUCAAUAUCCCCAAAAACGUGAGCGAGGAAUCGGGCACGAAACAAUUAUUAUAAGCAAUGAAAAGAAUAGAUGGCAGAACCCCACAAUCAAAGAAUUGGAAGCACAGCGCGAUACACAUCCAACAUAUUCUAGAUGAUUAAAUACUGAAAAAUAAAUUGCGGUUUUCUACGGCCCAGCUGAAUUCGCACAACAUUUAGAAUAAACAAAUUUAUACAACUUCCCACCAAAGUGACUGUGUGUAUGAUGAAGCUCAUUUCAAGUUCCCCCUGUAUGAGUAAACGACACUGAAUCUGAAAUCUCAGCCUGCUGAAGAAUCAAAAACGGACGUGGAACACUAACUGUGUCACUGCUCAGACGUUCUGUCUGACACGGCUGACUCUCAAAUCAAGGUCAAACGCUUCUGAACUCUUCAGUGUUUCAAGAGUUUCUGUGUAAAGCUCUGCAUUAGUGCCGUGUCGCUGCGCUGCGUGUUGGAAUACGCCACUGCUUUCCCGAUCCGACAUCAUACGGAGCAGGUUUGACUCGUGUUACUCUACUGCUGAAUGUGGUGUAGAUGGUGAUACUGUAGCAAACGCUCAUUUAAACGCACAGCAAGUUCCUUCCGCCGACAUUAAGGAGGGGAUUUGCCUAUGUGAGUAUGUUUUUCUUUAGUUCUUAAUGCAUGGAUAUGAAAUAACACUUAUUGACAAUUUUGUCUUUUCUUUUAUGUUUUAAAGCUAACAAGUGAAAUUCACAAUGAAUGUCAAACUUUGAUCACAUGACAUGGCCGCACACGAACUGUUAAACCUGCAUGGAAUACUCAAAAUAUCUCCUAAAAAUGGGGUUUACGGCAUUUGUGACGAUUUGGCUUUGUCAUCCGAGAUCCAGCCUAUGAUUUAUUAAUAUGACUCUAAUGCUAUAAUGAUGGGUCCCUCAAGAGUGCUUCUGAACGACCCGUGUGCGUUAAAUGAACGUCAUCAUUUACUCGCCCUUCAGACACAAAAGAAGAUAUUUUGAAGAAUCCAAAGCAAUGGAAGUGAAUGACUGCCAUCGCUGUUCGGUCAAUGACAUUUUUCAAAAUAUCUUCUUCUGUGUUCUGUUUAAGAAAACAACUCGUACAGGUUUGAAAUGACAAGAGGGUGAAUAAUUAAUGACAUAAUGUUCACUUUCUCUAGCUCAUUCUUACAGUUGUGUGAUUGACUUUAACAGACUUUGUUUAGUAGAUAAAAUCUGACAAAAAUAAUACAACUAUGUUGUGACCGUUAUGAAGCUGCAGUUUUUUAGUUUUCUUAACAACUGCGUUUUUGUCACCAUGUUGAGACAAACACGAUGUCACUUUACUUUAAAAAACACUUUUCUAAAUCAUUUAAAGAAAGUUUUUCUUCCCUAACGAAUCGCGUAAAGAAAUGUCCUUCUCACAAGAAAGUUUCUCAUAACUACGAAACAAUAAUUCCCACGAAAUAAUCAUUGUUUUAAAGCUUUUUUACCACUGUUAUGAUCGUCAGCAUUAAGUACAUUGGGUACCGUUGAGUAUAAAUGUUAUUUUGGGGUGGGUGGGUUCUCGACGGGUUUGUUUAAGAAAUGAAACGCAUCACGCGAGCAGAUGAAGGCCGUGCCUGAGUUCACAUUGUAAAACCGUUGUAUUUCAUUGCCCUCUUUUGCAUAUUAUUCGAUCAUAUUUGUGUGUGUGUGUAGUUCUCAUGUUUUCAUUUAUUGUUUACAGGGAUAGCAUUGCAGUGUUGAAACUGUCAUUUUCUGCAACAAAUGUUGACUUGAAUGACUUGAAAACUGUCAGGUGUAUGUAAACAGUUGUCGCUGACAUUGGGAAGUAAAUCAGUAAUAUAUUUCUCGGUUUAAUUUAUGUAAAUGGAACUAUAUUCUACUGAUCACCGAGUAGCUUAGUCGUUUUAAAAUGCAAUGAACACUGUAGGCUAUGCACUUCAUGUGAAAACUCUAUCACUGUCAUUAUGUAUAUGUAACCAGAUUAAGCCAUUUUGUUCGCCUUCCGUGGACAACAUUGUCAAUAUAACUAUUGGGACUUUAAUACUGUGGGAGAAUUCUGUAGGACUGCAUUCUGGAAAAAAACAUUGUCCUUGAGCAUGACAAAGUGGCAAUAAGUUAUUUAUGCGUCUUUAGAGGCUUUUCCCAUCUGUUACAACUACUGUCAACUCUAUUUAUUUCAUUUGUCUGUUAUUUUCCAUCUGUUGAACUGGAGUGAAGCGGUUAAAACUGUAAUAUUUCUGUAAAUAGAAGCAUUGCGCUGCUCUUGAAACACUAAACUGUAUUUACAUUUGUACAGCUUAGCCGGCGAAUCAAUGUACAGUCCUUCAUGAAUGUUCUGUUUGCUUUGGUCCAUUCAGAUUUGCAGUCAUGUCAGGAAGAUCUAAUCGUAUGAUGCUUUGCGAUUUGCUGUUUUUAAUAGUUUUGUAUCUCAACCCCCCCACCCUACCCCCCCACAAAUGAUCUUUUGUACGGUGUCAUUAUUCAACUCUUCCAUGUCUUUAAAAAAAUAAAAUAGACAAUUACUGACAAAACAA